CAGCCUGUUCUUGUCCUUGUGGAGAGAGAAAGAAAAAGAAAGUAGCGACCUUUGUUUUUUUUUUUUUUUCUCUUUCCCUCCUACGAUCGCCAUCGCUGCUGCUCGUCAUGCUUUCAAAGGUCUCCUCUUUCAUGGUCUCUCUCCCCUGUUCUAGGGUAAGAGGACAAGCUUCUAUGUUGCCGAACAUUAGGAAAAGUUGGUUUGGGAAACAUCUACUGUAUGGCUUGGGCAAUAUUGCUCUAAGACCUAUCAAAUUAUUGCGAGGAGGAAGCCAGUUAUUGGGAGUUUCACAUUUUUGUAGCAUCUCUGGUCUGGAUUCUUCUUUGCAUAUCGAAUUGGUUCCUUGCUUGCAUGAUAAUUAUGCAUAUCUUUUGCAUGAUAUUGACACUGGUACAGUUGGAGUUGUUGAUCCUUCAGAUGCUUUGCCCGUCAUAGAUGCACUAACACGAAGAAAUCAGAACUUAACAUAUAUCCUCAAUACUCAUCAUCAUUAUGAUCACAUUGGCGGUAAUAUGGAGUUAAAAGAAAGGUAUGGUGCAAAGGUGAUUGGUUGUGGCAAGGAUAAGGAUAACAUUCCUGGCAUUGAUAUAGCCCUUCAUGAUGGAGAUACAUGGAUGUUUGCAGGCCAUCAGGUGCUUGUAAUGGAAACUCCUGGUCACACACAAGGUCAUAUUAGCUUUUACUUUCCCGGAUGUGGAGCAAUAUUUACGGGCGAUACACUGUUUAGCCUAUCGUGUGGCAAAGUUUUUGAGGGAAACUCAGAUCAGAUGCUUGCUUCACUUCAAAAAAUCAUGGCCUUGCCAGAUGACACGGCUAUAUACUGUGGACAUGAGUACACUCUGAGUAAUUCGAAGUUUGCUUUGUCCAUAGAACCCAGAAAUAAAGAACUAGUUGAGUACGCUUCUCAGAUCGCUCAGCUUCGCUAUAAGAACCUUCCAACGAUUCCAACAACGCUGAAGAUGGAGAAGCACUGCAACCCAUUUUUGAGAACAAACAGUGCAGAAAUUAGACAUAGCUUGGGCAUUCCAGCUGCUGCAAGUGAAGCUGAGGCAUUGGGCAUCAUCCGCCUGGCAAAGGACAAUUUCUAGGCUGGUGAGCAUCUUUGUAUUUAAAAGGUAACCCUGUAUAGAUUCAAGAGAAUCAAAUUUGUUAGUCUAUAUUGCUCUGCAGAAAUUUGUUAUGCUGGUGGGCUAACUCUGAUAUUGAACAGAAAAAUCAAAGGCCUAACCAAACCAGAAAGUUGUUUGUUGUACAUGUAGUAAUUGAACUAGAGUAACAAGUUGUAAAUUCUCCUCAAUGAUUGCUGUUUCAGCCUGGUUUUUUCGUGUUUGACCUGAUAA